UCCGUCACGAAAUUACACAAAUGGCGCAAAAGAACGUUGGACUUUUCAUGGCUCAAAGCUGACUGAUUAGCGCUGGUCUGCUUGACUCUAAUUCUGUGUGCGCGGUCUUUUUUGACUCUAUAAUUAAACAAUCGAAGUGACAUCGCACCUCCUUGAUUACGGAGUCCCUUUUGAGAUCUGCAAAAAAAACAAAACCGUGCAACCCCCUCCCCCCCGGGCCCGGAGUGCAGAGGUGGGCUGACAAGUUGAGCUACAAAGUUUCGACAGACCCUGCAGCCUGAUAGAUUUGUAAGCUGGGAGCCAAAAGAAGUGAGCAAUGGAGGAGCUGGCGAGAGAAAGCAUCAGCCUACUAGCCAAGCCGGCACUGGACUGGGACGGACCAGGUCUGUCCUCCUCCGGAGCAGUCUUCAUUAUGCUCAAGUCGGCCUUGGGGGCCGGAUUGCUGAACUUCCCUUGGGCCUUCAACCGAGCCGGCGGAGUUCAUACCGCCCUUGGUGUCGAGCUGGUUUCCUUGGUGUUCCUGGUCAGUGGCCUUGUCAUCCUGGGCUAUGCCUCCUCUGUCAGCGGUCAGUCAACCUACCAGGAUGUGGUACGAGAAAUCUGUGGGUCCGCCAUUGGCAAGCUCUGCGAGGUCUGCUUCGUCUUCAAUCUCUUCAUGAUCUCUGUGGCUUUUUUAGUGGUGGUGGAAGACCAGCUUGCAAAGUUAUGUGAUUCGCUGUUCCUGAACAUGACGGCUCCUGCUGAGAUGGCUGUGCCACACCACUGGUACAAUGACGAGCGCUUCUCACUGUCUAUUAUUUGCACCCUGGUUAUCCUUCCAUUGUCCAUCCCAAAGGAGAUUAGCUUCCAGAAGUACACCAGUAUCCUUGGCACCCUGGCAGCAACAUACUUGACAGUGGUGGUGGUUAUUAAAUACUAUCUAGUGAAGGAACAUGUUGUGAUCAAUGAUCCACUUUCUAAGAACAGCUUAUCCUCGUGGGCCUCAAUGUUCAGUGUGAUUCCCACUAUCUGCUUUGGAUUUCAGUGUCAUGAAGCUUGCAUUGCUAUUUACAGCAGCAUGCAGAAUAAGAGGCUCUCCCACUGGGUCCUCAUCUCCACCAUCUCCAUGCUCUUCUGCCUGCUCAUCUACUCCCUCACAGGCAUUUUUGGCUUUUUAACCUUUGGGUCCAGUGUUGCUGCUGACAUACUGAUGUCCUACCCCGGGAACGACGUUGUCAUCAUCAUUGCCAGGCUGCUGUUUGCCGUGUCCAUUGUUACCAUCUACCCCAUCAUUCUGCUUCUUGGCAGGUCGGUCAUUCAGGAUUUGCUUCUGAAGAACCGGCGGAAGUACACGGUGGUCACCGAAGACUAUGAGAAAUGGUCCAGAAUCUUCCUGACAGUAGCAUGGAUUGCCAUCACAUUGCUUAUUGCGAUGUUUGUGCCGGACAUCAGCAAGAUCAUUAGCGUCAUUGGAGGGAUCAGCGCAUUCUUCAUCUUCAUCUUUCCAGGGCUGAGUUUAAUAUUUAUAAUGCAAACUGAAGUUGUGUCUCCAAGAGUGAGACUCGCACUGACUGCCUGGGGUGUCACCACACUAGUCUGUGGAGCCUUCAUCUUUGGACAGAGUACCACCAUAGCAAUCCUGGAACUUUUUAAUGAAUAUUAACUCUUAUUUUAAAAUGUUUUAUCAAGUAUUUUAUUUAAUCUCAUUUACUAUGAAGAAUAAAAUGGUGUUUUAAUUAA